AUGUCAAGAGCGGGAACUACUGAGAUCCUUGUCGCUCAUUAUCUCUGGCUGAUUAUCGCCCCUAUUCUGAUCAUCUUCGGAACCAUAGGGAACCUGAUUUGUGUGGCAGUGAUGUGUAGACGGAACAUGAGAUCCUCCAACGCAUCCGUUUAUCUGAUCGCUCUGGCGCUGGCUGACACAUCUGUCUUGUACACAGGUCUGCUUCGACAGUUCAUCAUAGCACUGACAGGUGUUGACCUCAGGAACAAAUCAAAUCUGAGCUGCAAGAUCAACUCCUGGAUCGUCUACGUGGCCCUGGAUACUUCCGUUUGGAUCUUAGUGGCCUUCACUUUUGAGCGCAUUUUGUCGGUGUUUGUUCCUCACAAAGUUAAGUCUUACUGUACCCGCAUGUCCUCAGUCUUGAUCGUAAUUGGCGUACUGAUCGGUAUGAUGGCUAUCAAUGGUCAUAUUCUGUAUGGCGUCGAUCUGCAAACCUUUCGUAGAAGAAACAAUACCAGUUAUUUUUGUUAUUAUGUCUCAAGUGAAUAUGCGUUGUUUUUCGGAGAAUUGUUCCCAUGGCUCGACUUCAGCGUUUACUGCUGUGUACCCUUCUUUAUUCUCAUCAUAGGAAACACAUGUAUUGCUACAAGGGUUUUUCUUAGUCGCAGAAAGACACGGAAAGUUGCAGUUUUAGACAUCAAACCGGAUCCUAAACUUGCACUCAAAAAUACGACGACUAAAAGAUCACUCAAAGCAACUAAAAGAGUGGAACGAAUUUCAUCCAUGACCACCAUCCUUCUGAUCCUCAACAGUGUAUUCCUGAUCACCACAACCCCAGUGAGCGUUUAUUUCAUUGUGAGGCCGAAAUUGCAGUUUCAGUCAUCCUUUUACAACAGUGCGGUUUUAACUCUUGUGUACACGGUUGUCAACCUGGUGAUGUACACAAACAACUCAGUCAACUUCAUCCUGUACUGUGUUACUGGAUCCAGGUUCAGGAAGGAGCUGUGUGGCAUGUUCAGGAAAGCCAAUAUCAGCUCUCUAGAAAGAUCGGGUAGGAUCGGUCAAGAGGAGGACCCUGCAGGGAAAUCCUCCUCCGCUGAUAGACGGGUCCCAGUCACCCAAACGUCGGAAGUUCCUUUUACGGUGGAACCAUAUCCUGAGCCAGACACGGUCCAUCUAACAUCAUUAGAAAUUAACAAGUGA